AUGGUGUGCUGCGAGGAGGAUGUGAACGAAUGUGACCGCAGUAAUCCAGAGGGCGAGUGUGAGAAUGGCGGUGUCUGCGUCAACACUUACGGCUCCUUCUACUGUAACUGCACAGCAGGCUUCGUGGGUGAGCGCUGCGGCUUGCGGCCCGUUGUCGUCCCCGACAUGCGGGCGGGUCACACUGUGGUCGGUAAAGAGGAGCUGAUCGGGAUCGCCGUGGUGCUUUUUGUCAUCAUCACCCUUAUCAUCCUCUUCAUUGCUUUCCGCAAGAAGGUUUUCCAGAAGAACUACUCGCGGAACAACCUGUCUCUGGUGCAGGACCCUGCCACCGCCGCGCUGCUCAACAAGGCCAACGGAGUUCAGUUCAAGACCCUCCACUGCACACCAGGGGACCCCCUCAACCUGUACUCAGAGCCAGGGCUGGGGGCUGUGGUGGGAGGGGGUGGGAUGAUGGGCCCUCCACAGGUCCCUGUGAGGCCCAUGGCAUACACGCCCUGUUUCCAAGGAGACCCACGCUCCACGCUAGAGAAGAUGGUGGAUGGGCGCGGUGUGGAGCACACAGAGAUGAGCACCUUUCACCCAGAGUCACCAAGGAUCCUGUCAGGAACCACCAGGAGGGGGGUGGUGGUGUGCAGCGUGGCCCCCAAUCUGCCGCCAGUGUCCCCCUGUCGCUCAGACUGUGACUCCAUACGCAAGAGCCCCUGGGACAGUGAUGAGGGUAAGAUGGUUGACAUGGCAGAAGAAGUGACAUGUUUCUCAGGAAGCAACAAAGGCAGUAACUCAGAGGUCCAAUCACUGAGUUCCUUCCAGUCUGACUCCUGCGAUGAUAAUGCCUCCAUAGUGACCGUCAUUCGACUGGUCAAUGAUGCAGUCGACACAAUCGAAAGUGAAGUGUCAGUUAUGGACCAAGGUCAAACCUACAACAGAGCAUAUCACUGGGACACAUCAGACUGGAUGCCGAGCACCAGGCUGUCAGACAUUGAGGAGAUGCCGGGGUAUGAGGCAGGUCCUGGCAGUGACGCAGCAGGUUCAGCCCCACGCCUUGGAGGAAGCACCCGUGAACUAGAGUCCGACUACUACCUGGGAGGCUACGACAUUGACAGCGACUACCCCCCUCCCCACGAAGAAGAGUUCUUGAGCCAAGACCAGCUGCCUCCUCCGCUGCCCACAGGCGAGGACUACCCUGAGCCCUACACGCCGCUGCCCACUAAUCCGCCAGCCUCCAAGGAGAGCACCCUGAGCUCUGGCAGCACCGGGCAUCAGCACUCCAGGCCACACUUCCACCCCAGCCAAUACCUGCCUCCCCACCAACUGCCUCUCGGGGAGGCACCUCAUGGGGACUUCAGCACUUCAUUGAGCGGGGUAACCCCAGGAAAUGGGGACACUGAUGACUCUGUGUCACUAAACAUGCGACUGUCUGUUGGUGCAUCAUCAGCCUCUGACAUGUCGGCCCCCUGCGGGCUGGAUGACUCUGAACACGGCAGUGACUUUGACAGUAUGGAUGAGCUUCGUCGAGGGGUGACCAUCAUCACUGACUCACAGCAACAGACUGAGGUGUGAUUGAUUGACUAGUACAGGGACAUUAUGGGAUGUAGAAUGGACCAGAGGGAGCAUAAUAUUGGAGCAGAUGGAAGGAGAUGCACGAGCGGAUGUUAUCACAGCAUAAGGAAUCCUUUUUCAGCAAUGCCACAACCACCGACUGUAAGAAUGACCUUCAAACUGCAAAUUUACAACCACAUUUUUCUUGUUUGAAGUAACAUCCUCCCAUCCAACUCCAAAAAUUGGAAUUCUGAAUUUUAUCAUGGACAACAACCUUAUUGUGUUGUCAGUCCUGUCCCCGCUGUGCACGACAAGAAGUUCCUCCCUGCUCCAAUAGGGAGUCGUAUGUAAUGUGAAAAGAAAGGCAUAGAGAAUGUGAAUCAGAAAGACUUCGCCAAAAGAGAUUGGAAUUUAUGUGGACGAAUAAAUUAGAAAAAAGAAAAGGGACAGUCAUGUAAGUUGAAGGGUUGUUUGCCUCCCUGCUCCCUCACAGAGCUCAUCGGACCACUUCUUUCUAUAACAAACAAAAAAAGACACAAAUUCCCAUUUUCCUUUUUCCUCCUUGGAUUUGUAAAUUUUGUAGUGCUCCAAACUUGUACAGACUUUGUAAAAUAGGAUGACCUUACUGGUGAAUAAGUAUGAAACAAUGUUCUGGCCACAUUUCAAGAAGCCAUUUAUUUGUUUGAACUUGGAAUGUGCUCUCCCCUUCAUAAAAAAUCAUCAAGCCACAACACUGAAGCCAUAGAAGCCCAAAAUGUUCAGC